CCGCCAGCGAGAUCGGAACCUUAAAAAUGGAGCGUCCCUAGAACGAAGGUAGUUGUUCGCGAAGUACGGCACGUACUCCUACUAUACGGCACAUUGCAGCGCGGUCUUCGAUCAUACGAAACCGGAUUGCCGAACCGGAAUCGGGGUGUCGGAUGACAAUUAAGGUGAAUGUGGACAUCACGAAACCACUGGCACCAGCGCUGGUUGCUAACCGGUGGGUGACCGUUUUCAGGUGAUCGAGCGUGGUUGUGUGAUUCCUUUAGUAGCGUUGCGCAAACUGUUGUUGUUACUGUUGUUGCCGUCGUUGUUCGGUACCGACUGAUCAGAUGCUGACCACAUUUCGGUUCGUUGUCUCCGGUUAGUGCGUGAAUGUUGUUGCUAGCGAGUGAUGACCACCGGAACGUCCACUGCCAGUGGAUGUUGCUACGGACCAUCUGCGUCGGUUCAUGUGCAGUGUGCGUCUUUGUCAGCUGUUUACACCAGACGGUAAUCGACCCCCACAACACCCAUCCUGCGGGUGUUGGUGUUGGUGAAGCAGUGAAAGGCUAAUUAGUUGCAGCUGCAUCGUAGUGCCGGCCGACACCAAACUACAUCGAAGAAGAAGAAGAAGAAGAAACAAGAAAGGAGAAGGGACGGGAAUAAAAAUAAACAUUAAAGUGCCAGUGGCCACCCGUUCCGGUGGUGCGUCGAUCCGUCUCGGUCGGGCCUGGUCUGGGAUGCAGUUACCGUAUAAUAUAGCAACAACCAAAUAGUAAUAACACCGCAUGGAGCGGCGAACGUAACGAAACUUCCAAUAACGCAUACGCACCAGGGCACAGCACCCGCUAAUGGCCGUCGCCGGGUGUAAUGGUUGCCAAGUAUUUACGAUGUGUGCCGCGUGUGCCGCACACCGCCACCAUCAUCAUCAUGCCGGUCACACCCGACCAGUGCACGGCCAUCGGUCGUACCGAUGGGGAUCGGCCUGCGAUGGAAAAUUUAUGAGUUUUUAACGACAUGCUACCCGACCGACUGGAUGCAAAGGACAGUGUCGAUCGCUCGCACAUACAGUUCGCUGUGGCAUGUUGCUUCUCGUUUCCAUCGCAUCACAGUAGGCCUCGGAGGGUGAGCCGCUGACGUUUCCUCCGAAGAUCACGUUUCCGAUCGGAACCCUCCGGGGGGAAUUUGUCAAUUUGCAAAUGAGCAGUGGUGUGCGGGGACGAGGAGUGAGUUGGUUAACGGGUUUGAAAUUGAAUCAAAAACUGAUAGACACACACACACGCACUCACAUGUACCGACUCUGGCGUGCGAUGCUCAUUUCCGUCCAUCAGCCCGUGUCACCAUGGUAACGACCUACUCAGCCAACUCAGUGGCUAGUAGAAGAGAUAGAGAAGCUGUUGCUGCCUCUGCUGCUGGUGGUGGUGCCGCUGUGGUUGCGAAGUUGUGAUUCCAAUCGAUCGACGGAGUCCCUAAAUCGACGCCAUUACACCCAGAGCAGCGUGUACGCGUGUAUGUGCUUGUGCGUGCGUACCCUUCGGGCUACCGCUGCGUGUGCGUGUGUAAACGUGUUUGUGUAUGGCUUUUCCGCAUCUUCAUCCUCUAGUCCGGUCGAUAAUGAAACAUAAGUGAGCAGCUUCCGCCAUUCCGUUAUCCCUAGUGCAAAAAAAAGAGAUAGAGAGAGAGAGAAAGAGAGAGAGAGAGAGAGAGAGAGAGAGAGAGAGGGAGAGAGCGCUUUAAAAAAAGUGUUGUGGUGAAGGGGAACGCCGACGUGAAAAGUGCCAUAAUCCCCUGGUCAUAAUCAUCAUCCCUGGCGCACCUGGCUGUGGAUGGAUUUUGCCUCGGUCCGAUGGAAAUUAUGUCGAGCAGUUCGUAUUGAAACGGCACGGUCACCAGCAACCCGUGAAAUCAUUCAAUCCAGCGGUCCACAGCGGCCACGCGUCUAUCGAGCUGCGAACAGAAAUUGCAUAUCGAUACACACUCCUGUGAGUUUCCGGGGAUAGAUAGUGCUAAGAUAAAGCGAGAAGCUCACCAAACAAAACUGCGGACACAAUGGAGGACACCAACGUGACGUCCUUGUUUAUACUGGGCGGGUAUGAUGUGCUCAACGAGCGGAAUUUAUCCAACUUCGGCACAGAGCUCGAGCACAGUGAGUGGAACGAUACGCUGAUGGGUAACAUGACCUGCCCACCGACCGAUAUGCCGACGACGUAUUACCUGUUCAUGUUCCUGUAUGCGGUCGUGUGCCUUGUCGGAGUGCUGGGCAACACGCUCGUCAUUUACGUGGUACUUCGCUUCUCCAACAUGCAAACCGUCACCAACAUGUACAUCCUGAACCUGGCGAUUGCCGACGAGUGUUACCUGAUCGGGAUACCGUUCCUGAUAGCGACGAUGCACAUGAAACGCUGGACGCUCGGUGGUGCCAUGUGUAAGGCGUACAUGGUCAGUACCUCGAUCACACAGUUCACUUCGUCCAUCUUUCUGUUCAUCAUGUCCGCCGACCGGUACAUAGCGAUAUGUCAUCACAUUUCGUCGCCGAAAUACCGAACGCCGCUGGUAUCGCGCAUCGUUUCGGUACUGGCGUGGCUCGCCUCGGCCCUCAUCAUGCUACCGAUCAUGAUUUAUGCGGACGUGAUCGAGCAGAAACCGAACACCUACUCCUGCCAGAUACUGUGGCCAGAAGCGCAUGGCCAUCUGCCCGGUUACACGUUUACCGUUUAUUCGCUGAUACUGGGCUUCGUCAUACCGCUCUGUUUCAUCAUGACGUUCUACUGCCUGGUGAUACGCAAGCUGCGCAACGUUGGCCCCAAGACGACGGGAAAAUCGAGGGGUAAACGGCGCUCCCACCGGAAGGUGACUAAGCUAGUGCUAACCGUUAUCACGGUCUACAUUCUCUGCUGGCUGCCGUACUGGAUCUCGCAGGUUGCCCUCAUUACGUCCGAUUUCGAGACGUGCAGUACGCGGCUCGAUUUGAUACUGUUCCUGCUGGUCGGUUGUCUCGGUUACAUCAACUCCGCCAUCAAUCCGAUCCUGUACGCGUAUCUGAGUGAGAAUUUCAAGAAGAGCUUCCUGAAGGCGUGUACCUGUGCGGCCCGGGCCGAGGUGAACGCUCAGCUAAAGCUCGAAAACAGCGUCAUGCCCAAGCGUUCCCGCACGCGGACCAAUUCCGAUACGACGCAGCUCACGACCGGUGGUUCCAAGAUGCAGCACCGGUUGCUGGUUGAACCGACGACUACGGCCACCACGACCACUACCGCUGCAUCUUGUGUUUCUUCGCGUAAUCCUAGUCCACCGCCUCCGGCAUCCGGAUCGGGUAAUGCCGCGCAACGCAACAGCAACCUGCUCACCGUACCCGGUAGUACACCUGCUGCUGGUGCUCCUGGCAGCACUGCUGUUACCACUAGCAACAGCAACAACAACAACAACAGCAACAGCUGUAAUUACAACAUCAACGGCAAUCAAACCGGAAGCGCCAUCAACGGCGAACGGUCACCUGUGAACGUCAGUACGGGUGGCAGCGGGAAGGAUAACGGCACCCACGCCGAGAGUGUCACUGACGCGAGUGAAAGCUCCGGCUUCGAGCACGAGCCGUUGCAGCUCCAGCAACAGCAACCGCUAGUCAGACUGACGUAACUCGUCGCGCAACUAGACGGCGUAGUACCAGCAACAAAAGCAGCAACAGCAGUAGCAGUAGUAGUGGUAGUAGCCCCACCGUGCGUCACUGGCACUGAUUGCGGGACGUCACACAGCUGUCUACUCGCGUCUACUCGAGCGCCCGGAUGCAGUCGGGGCGUUCUUGCUACUGCUUACCCCUACUAUAAAUAUAUAUUUCUAAGGAGUUGGCCACGUGGACGGCUAUCGGUAGUAAUUGGAGGCCUACGGGAACCCACAGUAGACUAGGAGCUUUGUUUUAACCGUAAUCUAAUUGAAUCGACAAAUUGGAAUAUGGAAUAAGCACAAGUAGCGCCGAAGCGAGCACGUUCCGAAGACACACAAGCGUGGGGGAAAGUUGGCGAAAGCAAAACUUAUUUAUGUGAUAAAUUAGUGUUAACGAUUGUUGUUGUCUGGGUCCGGGUCCGGGUCCGGGUCUUGGUACUUCAAGUAGCCCCGUCCACGAUGUGGUGUGAUGUUAUGCGAUGGCAGGUGGUCGCUAGCGCCAUAACCUAACAACCGUUAUCCUGAUGGCAGCGGUUACUCGGUCGGUUCUCCGGUGAUUGUCCGCAGAUUGUGCGUGCAAUGGCCACGGUGGUUUGAUGUUUGAUCGAUUCUACCACGCAGGUUGGCCAACCACCAACCAAUCAGCGCGGCUCACCGCACACCACCGAAAGGUGAUGGUCCAGCAUCGGCAAACGGGGAAUUCGAUCCAGUACCGGGGCGCGCCCGCUCGCGCGUGGUUUUGGAAUUUGGAUAAAAUACAAUUUUUUGAGCUCCCAAAUUCCAUUAACCCGGCGGUUGCGGCCACCGCCAGAGAACCAACAUGUGUUCGUGUGUCGAAAUGCUUAAUGCGCCCAACCCCCCCACACUCGCCCACUGACUCCCUUGAUCCCUCGAUCGAACUAAUUUACGAGCCAGCCGAUGAAAAACCGAUGAUGAGUAUGAUGCUGUUGAUGAUGAUGCUGCUGCCGUUCGCUUAAAUUGAGUGGUUUCGCGGGAAAAACGUGAGAAAUUUAUCGUUUUCAUAAAUUGGCUGGCAGUUUGUUUAACUUUCCCGAGCCCGCGCUCAAUCCCUCCGCUUUCCUCCGUUCCCAGCAUUCCGCUUUUUGGCUAUCGAACGCGCUGGUGCGGAUCGGGAUGAUGUGUGAUCGGCUGUUGAUCGAAACUUGUUUACUCAUCACACCACCGAACCGUAGUAGUGCAAAUGCAUUCAUCAACAUUGGAAUUAAAAAACACUGAAAACAGCGCCGCUAAUGGAAUGGGCCACCGAUGAUGUUGUUUCCAUUACGAGCCUGAUUGAAUCGUCGUGUUGGCUCGUCGUGAUGCUUUUAAAGUGUUUCCAAUCCGCUGCAUCGUCAUUAGCAUCAUCGUGG